CGGUGUCCAAAAUCAACUAAGCUCGUUUGGGAUGGAUUGGAGUAAUAUUCACUAGUUUGUUGAUUAAUCAAAUAUAAAAAGUGGAAUAGGCGAAGUACGCGAUUUUCAGGACAGUAAUUGAUCAUCAAAACUGUAGCAGAGGUACAUCUUCUCCAAAUGGGUUCAUCAUCAGAUGUUGAAAAAGUGGAUGAAAACCCGUACAACAGCAAUGUAAAAAGGUCUAAACUGAAUUUAACUCUCGCAGCACUCCUCGAUGAUGCCAUUCUCUCCGACGUCCCAAAAAAGCCGUCUCUCUCUGACGUCGAAACCCUUAUCAGUUUCGAACUCGGAAGUGCUAUGCGCAUAUCCGUUCUUAAAAUGGACGGGACCUCCUUCGAUGUUCAUGUUAUGAAUACGGCUACAGUUAAGGAUUUGAAGUUGGGUAUUAAAAAAAAAGUUAAUGAAUGCGAACAAUCCGAGAUGGGUCAUCGUCAUAUUUCUUGGAAGCAUGUCUGGGGCAAUUUUUGCCUUUCAUAUCAUAAUGAGAAACUACUUGAUGACGAUGUUGGUCUUCAAGAUUAUGGCAUACGAAAUAACUCUCAGGUGCAUUUCAUUCCAUAUGUCAUGUCAAGGUCUUCUCGAAGGCAUUCGAGAAGGAAAAAGCACCGCUUCUUCCAUGGUCUCAACAAAAGAUUCACGGCUCAGUAAUUAUUGAGUUGGUAUUAAUAUGGACAGGAACCAACUGUUGUGGUAACAAGUAAUGUAUUUGAAUUUUGAUGUUACACCCUCCUGGUUCUUGAGAGAAUAUGUUUAGCUUUGUGGUCAAAUUUUUUUAUAGUUUUAGCUUGAAAAAGUA